GACGCUAUUUCUGUUUAUAUUUACAUCGUUUACAUCGAUUUUGACACCUGCCGUUUAUCUCGCUGGCAAAUUGCAAUUGCAAAUGAAGUUGCACGGAUUGCACGCGGGCGAUUGUGAGCAAUUAUGCGGUGGAGAUUUCACCCGCGUACGCGCGAUUCGUAAAUAUGUGAGCAAAUGAUGGAAAUGAGAUUUUUCCUUGGAAGAUCUUUUUCCAAGAUUUUCCCCGCUGUGCAAGCAAGUCUGUAAAUAAUGGCAUUCUCGUUUCGAGCCGGCACCAAUUGGUGCCACGAUUUCCCGAAGCUCGCCCGGGAAUCAGGAUUUUACUUCAACAUGCAUGGGUCUAGGGUACGAGUUGACUGGAAUCGCAUAGGUGCUAUAGACAUAGACAGAGUUAUACGGGAGAGAGAUUUCUCAACCAUCGAUCAGAAUAUCAAUAAUGUAAUAGAUUAUGGCUUGGAGAGCGAGUACGACGUCAAGAUCCUGGACCCCAACUUCGUUAAGUUGUUUAGACUUGCGCAGCUGUCAGUCGAGUAUUUAUUGUAUUGCAAACAGUACCUAGAUCACAGUGUAAUAAUACUGAAAGACGAGCUGCGGCAGAAGAUAGAGCAGAACGUCAGUAUGAAGAAAGAAAUUGCCGCUCUAGAAGACACAGUAAAGAAUAUAAAGGAGAGAUCAAGGGAGAAACGUAAAUUGAUUGAAACUAGCGUCGGUGAAAUUUCUAAUGGGGAAGUUUACAAGUGUCCACAUUGCCCAAAAACAUUUGUACGCGCUAUAUUUGUAAAUGCUCACAUAGCGCGCAAACAUUCAUACAUAUCAGACGUGGGUGUAUCCACCUCUCCUGUGCACGAUCAUUAUCGAGCAGAAACGGAAAAAUUGCACAAUGAGAUAAAAACGUUGAAGGAAAGAUUAAAUCAAACAGAAAGAGUGAUAAGAAACGAGUCUGACAAACUGCUGGAUAACACAGGAAAGGAUUAUACAAGAAACAUAAGUAAAAACGAAUACGACAUUGACAAGAUGGAUAGAUUUCAAGAGCAAAGAAGAUACCAAGAAGAUAUUGGAAGUUUGAAGAGCAUGCUGUUUGACGAGAUACGCGCAUUAAGGGAAAAGGAUCACGUUGUAAAUGAGAGUAUUCUGGAGACAAAUGUGAAAACUCUAAUCAGUCAACAAGAAAAAGAGAUUGAGAAUUUGAGAAAUCAACUUCUUGAAAGAUUGACUCCAGGCAUGGAAAAUAUGCAGGUAAAGUUACAAACGCAAGAGAAUCAUUGGAGAGCCAAAAUAGAGGACAUGGAAACCCAACAUCGUCGUGAUAUCGAGAAAUUGACCACAGAAUUGAAAGCGACUCAGCAAGUAGCUGAUCGUAUAAAGUCUGAGUAUGCAUCUAAGGUGCACGACUUAGAGAAACAGUCUGUGGAUCAAUCGAAUAUGCUAGUGGAGCAAAGAAAGCAAUUAAACAGCUUGUCACGUGAGAUCAGUAAUUCGCAAAUACAAAUCAAUAAUCACAAAACUAAGGAAAAGAACGCGGCAGAAUUCCAUAAAUCUCCUUUGUUAACGGUAAAACACGAUAGCAAUUACAAUGAAAGCAAAACUUAUAAGAGUUUAAAUAAUACUGAAGACGCCGAGAUGGUCAUUCAAGAUAUUGGUAGUGAUUCUAGUCAAGAAUACAGUGACAAAUUGAUGUCAGUCGUGGCACAAACCGAAUAUAUGCCUAGUAAAGAUAAUAUUGUAAAAAGUAAGAGUAAUAAGAAAGUCAUUACUGACAGCAGGACUGUAGAACGUAUGACUGCAAAGCCUAAUCUGAAAAAAUCGGACAGAUCAGAAGUCGUAAAAAAAACGAAAAGUAAUGCGAGGCAUUAUGAUGCGUUGAAUAAUAUAAAUGAAAUAAAUGAUUUAACGAAUAAAAGUUUUAUUACCAAAGAGAAUGCUAUUGAUGUAAAUAAAAAGUACAUAGGUGUUAGAGAGAAGAAAGAAACGUUACAUACCAACAAUAUAAAAACUAGUAAAAGAUCUGAAUUCUUAGAAAGGCAUAGCGUAAGUUCUGUGACGGAAUCUGGAUCUUUGUCGUCGAUGUCAGAGACGGGAACCGAUAGUGAGAGUGUUACAACAGACGAUGAUUUAGUAAAAAAGCAUGAAAUGCCUACAUUUAAAUCUCUCAAUGCCAAGAAAAUAUCGAUACAGGAAGAUGCGCAAAGUAUAUUCGAUAAUCGGCUGAGAGAAUUAGGUAUCGAUCCAGAAUGGCAAGGAAUACCUGCGGGAACGUAUAAGCAAAAAAUGGAGAUUAUAAGGCAUCAACAAAAUAUUAAUGCAAAGAAAAUCGUCCGAUACAAUCAAAUCAGACAAAAAAUACUCGAAGAUGUUCUUCAAACGAUAUCGACAAAUCGUAAGGAAUCAAAAUAUCCCACGCUUACGAAAAAUUCUUCAUUGGAUAAGCUAGUCACACACGUUAAAUCGAAGGCUUGGAAAGCAUUCAGCAAAGACAGUGGCGAAUAUACAUCUGUCCAGAAAACGGAAAACACGACACCGUUGAAAUUACGUCUAAAGCAAAAAAUUGAACUCCUUCCUAAAAAAUAUAAAGACGACGAGGUGUAUGAAAAUACACGCGAAUCGCCAUUGAAAAAAAGUGGAGCGGAUAGUUACUCCAGUCCAAAAGUGACACCGACAUAUCCGAAAUCGAUUCGAAGUAUCUCCUCCGCGAGCUCCAUUGACUCUCGAGAAGACAUAAAACAGAUUUCACCUACAAAGAUAACUGUAUCGGAUACUAACGUGCGUAAAGUGGGUUCUCCGAUCAGCAGGAAACAGGCGGUAGCGCCGAAAUUUUCUGAAAACAAUGACUCGGAUAGUACGAUUAUGCAGCAAGACGAUUUAGUUUUUUCUCCGAAGAAUAAAAGUGUUUUAAAACCAACGAGCGGUUCGGUCGGUAGUUUGAUAAAGAAAAAAGUCUUGUUCGAUUUAGAUGAGACGAAAAAUGAUGACACGAUGAUACCGGAAAGUAAUCAAAGAAAGAAUCAAAUAAAUAGCAAUGACUGGGGUGUCUCAAGCUUCUCUGAGAGGGGAGAAUACGCGUUGCAGAAAGAGAAGUCUAUGAGCACAGGCAACAUUGUUUUAAAAACUUCGCAAAGCGAUAAGAUCGCGGAAAUAUCAAAGAAGAUACAGGAACAGUUGAGUAUAGCAAGGAAGAAGGAGCCACCUGUAGGAUCAGUCGAAACGAUCUUCCGAUUCAAUACGAGUUCGCAAGAUCUUACAAAUUAUAAUGCGAGGAAUCAGCUGUUAAACUCGUCCAGUCUCGUGAACUCGAUCUUGGACAAUUCUAUGCAGAAUCUUACAAGUCCAAAGAUGAAAGGCAACGUAUUUCCGCAGCCUGCUCCGCGAACUCUGAAGGAUAAAGAUCUUGCUACUGCUCAACGUAAAAGUGAAAUUAAGUAUUCUGAUUUAGAUUCAGAUAUAGAUGAAAUAUAACAGAUGGAAUAAGCAGUAUUAUAUCAGGCACUGUAUGUACAAUGUAACUUUAAAUUAUUACUUCAAUUUAUGCAUCUUCCGCUCUAUAUUGCUAUCGUAAAUCGAAUAGGUUUAAUACAUUAUUUAUUAUAGUUUUUGCAUAACUAGCGAUGUAUAUACAUACAUGUUUAGGAACGGAUAAGUUUAUUUAAUAUAUAUUGAUGCACAAACUGGAUUUUCAGUAUGAUACGCACGCGUGUAUACCAGAAGGAGUCUUGUACAUAUCUGUGUAACUUGAAAUAUACACGUUAUACAAAUUGUUUCUGAAA